CGCUGGAAGCCGCAUAAUCAAGGCUGCAAUCUCCCUAAGCCGAAGCUGAAUUAAAAGGAGCAAGUCGUGAGUUUCUAGUUUGAGUCAUAGCGUUAUUUCGGCCCAAACUCUCAGUUGGAUCGGGCGUGGUGUGGGUUCCUAAACUGGUUGGCAUAUUUUCAGAAAGGAUCCGAGCUCGUUGCAUCAGAAACUGGGAACUGCACAACAACGCAUAAGAACCAGAAAAAGUUACGAGGAAAAAUUAGUUUGGUUUUGAUUCACAUAUUAAAGUCUCCAUGUCAAGGCCUAAAGAUGUCAUGCCUACGCCCGAAUCUGGUUUUACAAGGCACAAGGCCUUGGAGGAAGCCAUUCCCGGUCCCAGCUUUUCAUGCCCACUUCUCAAACUCAACCACGGCGGAGGAAGGAGACCUCUACUCUAAUUUGUUAAGUAAAUGCGCCAAAGCCUCAAACUGGCGCCAUGGAGCAGCCAUUCAUGCUAAGUUUAUUAAAGGGUCGGUUUCAACUUCCCUUUAUCUCCACAAUUAUAUGCUAAAUGUGUAUGUCAAAUGCGGGGACCUUGUUAACGCUCACCAACUGUUCGAUGAAAUGCCCCGCCGGAAUGUUGUCACUUGGUCUGCCAUCAUAGCUGGUUUCGUCCAACAGGGAUUUCAUAAUGAAGCUCUUGCUUUGUUCUGCCGUAUGGUUCGUGAUGGAAUGGUGAAACCUAAUGAGUUCACGUUGGUUAUGCAUGCGCAACUGGUUAAAUCUGGCCAUGGGGAUGAGAAUUGCGUUGGGAAUUCUUUGGUGGAUAUGUACAUGAAGAAUCAGAGACUGGCAGAUGGUUUCAGAGCUUUCCAGGAAAUGCCUCAAAGAGAUGUGUCCUCUUGGACACAAAUGGCCGUUGGCUGCCUGCAGUGUGGGAAACCAGGAAUUGCAUUGGAGGUCAUUGCAGAGAUGAGAAAGACAGGUGUAAAACCCAAUAGGUUUACCCUAGCAACUGCCUUUAAUGCCUGUGCCAUUCUAUCUUCAUGGGAGGAAGGGAAGAAACUCCAUGGCUUGAGAAUUAAACUUGGGACCGAAACUGAUGUCUGUGUGGAUAAUGCACUACUUGAUAUGUAUGCAAAAUGUGGAUCAAUGGAUGCUGCGUGGACUGUUUUCCAAUUGAUGAAUGAUCGUUCUAUUGUUUCAUGGACAACAAUGAUAGUGGGUUGUGCACAGAAUGGGCAAGCAAGGAAAGCUCUCAAGAUUUUUGAUGAGAUGAUACUAGAGGGGAUAGAACCAAAUUAUGUCACCUUCAUUUGUUUGCUUUAUGCAUGCAGCCAAGGAGGGUUUAUUGAUGAGGGAUGGAAAUAUUUCUUCUCCAUGAGCAAUGACCAUGGACUUUUCCCUGGAGAAGAUCACUAUGCAUGCAUGGUAAAUCUACUUGGCCGAGGUGGGCUCAUUAAAGAAGCAGAGGAGUUAAUAUUGGCAAUGCCAUUUAAACCAGGCAUGUUGGUUUGGCAAACCCUGCUUGGUGCUUAUCAACUUCAUGGGGAUAUUCAAACUGGGAAACGAGCUGCAGAGCGUGCAAUGAAUUUGGAUAAAAAGCACCCUUCAAGUUAUGUGUUGCUAUCAAACAUGUUUGCUGGCUUGAACAAUUGGCUUGGCGUUGGAGAUUUAAGAGAGCUAAUGGAGACCAGUGAUGUAAAGAAAAUUCCAGGAUCCAGUUGGAUUGAGGAUCUGAGAUAGAAAAAGAGUGCUUGAUCCAUCCAGUACACUGGAGAUUGCCGUCUAGGGAGAGAUUGCAUAGUCCAUCCGACAUACAUUUGUACCGCUCCCAAACAUGCAAUGAUCUUGUCUGAAGGCGGAGGAAAGGAAACAUGUCAUCCCCAUUUUGGAGUUAUAGCCUUUGAAGGAAAGGAAUGUAACCGUUGAUAACAAACAUAAAAGUCCCAA